AUUACAGCUAGAUUUGAUCCCUGUCAGGAAAAGGUGAAUUGACGCUAUAUUUGUGGAAUUUGGGAUGGAAUGAAAAUUGGUUCAAACUGAGUAGUGAUGAAGAUCCCAUGUACUCUAAAACCUUGCCUUCUGUUAAGUGAUGAAGAUUCCAUGUACUCUAAAACCUUGCCUUUUAUUAAGAACUUCUUUUCCUUUGCCUUUAUUUUAUUCAGCCACUACUCUAAUUUAAUAACUCACCAUAAACCUAAACUCAAACGUACUCAGAACACGAACCGUUCCUUCAUCUUCUCAAACCCACUUCUCUCUUUUCUUGAGAAUCGAUGCAACUGCAUGUACCAUCUUAAGCAAAUUCAUGCCCAAAUGGUCACCAGUGUCCUGUUUUCAAAUAGACUGGCAUCUAGUCGUUUGGUUGCCUUUUGUGCUAUCUCAGAAUCUGGGAGCCUUGAUUACUGCAAAUUGUUGCUGUAUCAUACACAAAGCUCAAAUUCAUUUUCUUGGAAUGUUGCAAUCAGAGGUUAUAGUGAAAGUCAAAAUCCAGUUGAAGUUAUAUCUUUGUAUAAAGACAUGUUAGCCUCCAACAAAAUGGAUGUUGAUGCUUUAAGGCCUGAUAAUUACACUUUUCCAUUUUUGUUCAAGGCUUGUGGUAGAAUGUUGUUGCUCAACAUGGGUUUUGAGAUUCUUGCACAUGUUACAAAAAUGGGUCAUUAUGAGGAUAGACUUGUGCAUAAUGCUUGUGUUCACUUCUUGGUGUGUUGUGGGGAGUUUAAAGUUGCAGAGAAGGUCUUUGGUGAAAUUUGUGUGAGAGAUGUUGUUUUGUGGAAUUCAUUGAUUAAUGGGUAUGUAAAGAGUGGUAGACCUUGUGAGGCGCUAAGGGUUUUUAGGGAUAUGAGACUUGAGGGCAUUGAGCAUGAUGAAAUCACUAUGAUAGGAAUGGCUUUAGCUUGUGGGCAGCUUAGAAGUUUGGAACUUGGGAUGGAGUUACAUAGAUAUGUUGUGAAGGAAAUGAAUUUUUCUUUGCGUCUUUGUAAUUCUUUUUUGGACAUGUAUGUGAAAUGCGGGGACAUUGAUAAAGCAAAGGCUCUGUUUGGUAGGAUGAAUGAAAGGACUGAUGUCACUUGGACUACUAUGAUUGUUGGAUAUGCAAUGUUUGGAUUUUUACAGGAUGUUAGAAAGUUGUUUGAUGAGUUUCCACACAAGAGCAAUGUUGUCACUUGGAAUGCGAUGAUUGGAGGCUAUGUGAAGGCCAAUUGUGGGAAAGAGGCUCUGGCUUUGUUUCAAGAAAUGCAAGCAAUGAAUAUUAAGCCUGACGAGGUGACCAUGGUUUGCUGUUUAUCAGCUUGCAUGGGCUGCUUUCAUUUGUUCUUAGACUUCCUCAGUCAGAUUAACUGCGAAAUAUGCUGUCGAUACAAGUAUGAAAAACAGAGACAAUGAAUAAAUUAUGCAUCAUAGAUUUUUUUUAAUGCAAUGUUUGGUCAGCUAUAAUGAAACUAGAUGGAAUCAAUUCGUUGGAGAUGUUUGCAGAACAAAUAACAAAUUGAUGCCAUUACAUUGCAAAACAUCUUACCAAACGUGGCCUAAGAAAUUACUCACUUAGCU